AUUGCCAGAUUUAAUAGUUUUAUACACUGUGGUAUAUACAAUAUGCUUUUCACUGGAGUUUUAUGUUUUAUUGUUUUAACAUCGGCAAAGGGUGUUGGUGGAUGUUCGUUUACAUCUCAGAAUAUUCCAGUCGUCCCCUUUUGCAAAAAUCAUAUAAGAAAUGGGAAAGCUAUUGUUGUAGCAAGUAAUGAUGUGCCGCAGAAUCAGGAAGUGAAUUGCGUCUGCGAUGUUAAAGUGGCUGGAACUGAGGAACUACUAGUGAACUAUGAAAGUCCAGAUUAUACUAACUGCGGAGUACAACUUCAGAUUGAAAAUAUGCUCUACUCUUGCCAGGAUUCUGUCAGUAAUAUUAAUGUCAGUGAUAAACCUCAGUUCCAGAUGAUGUACACGAAAUCUACAAGCACCUCAAAUCCAGAUAUAUGCAUACUGCUAAAGUCUAUAAGCAGCGAUGCUUCCUCAAUAAAGGUCACCUGUGAGGAAACUUAUGAUCAAUCCGUUACAUUUAAACCAACGACAGUACAACAAACCUCCAGAAUGACUUCUUCCCAAAAACCUUUUACACAAUACACCGAUAGACAGAAAAGCUCUGAAUCAACACUCCCUCCACAAGUUUCAACCAAUGUAACGUCACAUUCGUCAUCAAUAUUGACGGCUUUGAUAAUGAAUGAAACAACCUCAGUUGUUGGUGUUACAUCCUCACCGUUACCAUUUUCUUCCCCACUCAACGCAAGUUCCUCUACAAUGGAUACUACGAGCUUUCCUACCACGGCAUCCGAGUACUUUAGUACAAAACAGUCUGCAAGAUACAAAUCUGAUAGUACAGCACAUUCUCAGUCUACCACAGAUAUGUCAACACAAGUGCCAAAUGUCACCACAAUCAAACAUUUAACAUCAGAAUACUCAACAGAAAGAUCAUUGAAAACCUCUUCUACCAAGACAUCUGAAACAACACCAAAGAAACAAACAAGCAGAAAUCCUCAUUCAUCGAGUACAAUUGUUAGUCCAACAGCAGAUUGGCCGGACUCCACGAGAGAUGUUUCGAACCCCUCGGCAGCUGAAGGUAUCAAUACAACAACUGUCAACAGCCGCCAGACAAAAGAAGAAAUCCAAUUAAAAACAGUUAUAAUAGUAUGUUCCGUGCUAGGAUGCGUUCUCUUCAUGUCGAUCGCUGUUGCACUUGCUAUUGUGAUAUACAAAAACAGAACUAACAAGCUGAAGAAUACAUUUAACCCAGACAUUCACCAAUCAUAUAUCAACGCUUUCGAUCAAGAGCGAAGAGAAAGUAAGGAUGAUGGUGUGUUCUUGAAUAACGUACUGCUAACCGAUCACGUGAACGACCCCUUAAAGAGAAUAUAUUCAAUGCCAUACAACGUUAAAUGUAACGUCGACAUAACAAGCAAACGUUACAGACGUGCAGAGAUUGAUCUUAAUCCUUCAGUCCCUAUUACAGAUACCAGGGAAGAAAAAAUAUUUCCUCCAAGGUCUAACACGGGCGAUGUUAAAAUUCCACGACGUUAUUUAAGAACUUCCAUCAUGGACACCAGAUAUAACCACGUAAGCUCAACAGGAGAAAACGAAAACGCUAAAGUGCAGCAAGAUUUAGAUUUAGAUCAUUAUCAUGACAACAUGUACCAAGAGGAACAAUCUGCAACACACGUUUGGAAGUCAACAAACUGGACUGACAACGGAGGAAUGAGAGAUCCAUUGGAAGAAAAAUCAAUUUCUCAAUUUGGCGGAGGGGGAAAACACUAUCAAACAAGAACAAAUAUGAAUGAAGGACAUGGUGCCAACGAUAUAUAUAUCAUUGUUCGUAAGCCAAGAGAAAAAGAUCAACAGAAGAAAAGGCCAAAGCUUGUGACUUUCAAAGGCUUUGACGAUGUAGAGGAAGAAACUUAUAACGAAUCCAAAGGGAUCACGAAUAAAAGAAGUACAGAAAUACAUGACGGAGAUAACCAAGAUUUAUAUGACAAGCACAGCCUUUACAGUAGUACGAAGAUUCCUAGAGUUACACUUGACAGAGAUUAUCUGUAUAGCACGGUUUCAAAAGUGAAUAGAUUAUCCGGCGAGGAAAAGGUAUAUCGCGGUCAAGAAGUGGGUCACGUGUAGUAUUUCUCAGUAGUUUUAUUUUUUAAGCGGACAUAUUCAAAGAUGAAAGAGAUAAUUACAUCUACAAUAUGGUAUGAAAUUAAAAAGGACAAAAUUAUUUAGAAAUGUGAAGUAGUGUGUACAAAUAUAGUUAUUGAUUUUUACAGUUUUAAACGGUUUUGUGAAAACGACAAUGUAACAUUACCCCAGAUUUUAUAUUAUCCUGUAAUCACAAAAAAAAAACGCAGUGGUUCGUCAAUACUGUAAACUAGUGAUUUUCGUUUAGAAUAUUUAGAAUUCUGAACGAUGUAUACGUAAAAACAUGAACUUUUUAAUAUAAAAUAGAAAAAAAGUGGAAACUUCACAUGUCGCCCAACACGACACUAUGGCUGUUGUUUCAAAAGUGAUCUAAAUGAGUAAAUCUCAUGUUUUCUUGUAUAUUUCAGAUAACCAAUAAUUGCGUUGAUAAUCAUAACAUUAGUCGAAGGAACAAGACACUUUGUGUUAUAAGUUUAAUUGUAGGUUCCAGUAAUAUCAACGUGUGCAAUUUACUCGUGAUACUUGACCGUCUUUAUAACUUACAGGAUAUAAACAUUUGACUUCGUCGUCCUGAAAGUUGUGGUGUGCGUUAUUGCCGAUUUAGAAACAAUUCACUUAGUCUAAAUAUUUUCUGUUUUGAUUUUAAAUGGACAAGUUGCAUACGGCAUUUCAUGAUAGUGUAAAACACUUACUCGAGAUCAUUGUGCGAUGAAACAAUAAUUCCUUUUAAAAGUAAUACAUUUAUGUGAAAUAGAUACAUACAUAAAUGUUUCUCUUUCAUUACUUUAGCAGAAAGUUAGCUUAUCAUGUAUGACCGUAGAUAAUACCCAUGGAUGUGCAAAUUACUUACAAAGUUUUAGAAUUAUGACCAGUGUUAAAUGCGACUGCAAAUUCUAUGCAUAUACACCCUACACCAUGUUAAACAAAUUAUCAAAUUAAUGACUUACAGAUAUAAUAUUGUAUAUCGAUAUGCAUAAAUGACAAGUCAUGUCUUAUAUAAAAAUAUCGUUUCGCGUAACUUUCCAUGGAACCACUUUAUGUUAAUGAUGGAUUUUUUAAUGAUAUUGUCUCAAUUCCCAUAGUCAAUUACUUGAUGAUUUGUGACACCAUGACUUCGAUCAGGUUACUGUCGGAGGUCGAUUUCUGAAAACAUUUGUUGAUGUGAUUUAUGGUAUUGAAAAGAACACCAAAGCAUCUUUCAUUAGAGUAAUCAGCUGAUGAUAAAUAACAGUUCGAAUGACAAUUGAUAUUAUUUCAUUGGAGAAUGAGGAAACUCUAAUCGAGUGAGUGGUGGAAAUGUUAUUUCGAAUAAGAUUAAAGACAUAAUGAGAAGCGAAAUGCUGUUAUUUCUAUUGAGGGAAUUGACGAGGCAAGAUGUAUCUGUCCUUGAUUUUAUGCUUGUUAAACCUGUUUGUCAGUAAUCUUGCAAGUUAUGAGACCUCGGAAAAUAAUAACUACUUGUAUAAAUAUUUGAGAGAGGAGCGGCAAAAACAGCUACAGGACGAGUGCCUAUUUACGGGAGAGUCGUGUAUUCCCGGAACGUACCAAUGCUGUGAUGGUUUCUGUCGGAACAAGUUUGGACAUGUUUGCCUUUAUCCCUUAGAACCUUGCUUCUGUUUGAAAGCAAGCAAACCCGGCUAUGUCUAAAAUUGAAGCCUGGUUACCGACAAAUAUUUUGUACUCACUAAAGUAAUGUAACUGGAUGAAAGAUGCUGAAUUCGAAAUAUUUGCUUAUAAAAGUUUGAUUAUGGAUCAGUCUCUGGAUAACAAAAAGAAUUUUAAUUUCUAAACUUCGACUUUAACAUCAAUUAUGGGUAAAGAAAUAUUCUGUUUCAUAGACACAAGGACGAUGAUCCAAGAGGAAUAGCAGUGUUUCAACAAAGCAGCAGCAAACCGAACAUCAUUAUAUGUAUGGAUAUGUAUAUGACAGCAAGACAUUUGAACAGAAUUUUUCUGUCCAUUUUUUUAGUAGAAAUCUAAAACUAGCACUUACGCAUCUGAAGCCAUUGACUAUAAGACGAUGAAACUACGCAUAUAUUAACCAGUCGAGUUGUUACAUGAUUAAAGCAUAUAAUAUUUUCAGUAUGAUUAUUAACAUUAAUAU